UGCUCUGAUUUUAAGCUCUUCCAUUAAUACAGUUGUAUGACUAUGCAAAUAUUCUGUUCAUUUCCAUCUCUUUAUGAAGUCAGAUGUGUGCAUGCCGUGGUUUUUUUUUAUACAAAUGCAUCUCAAUCACAUGCACAACCUGGAAGCUGCUAAUGAGUUAUACAAUGAUGGAAAUCAUUUGUUGAUCAACUUUUGUGCGUCAGUGCUUGUGAAUCGGCCAAAGACAACGAGUCCACCAAAAUGUUUGUUUGGAUUCCAUCCUAUGACAAAGAAGUGUAUAGUGGUAAGGUUCUUUUACCGUCAAAUGAACCAUGUAACUGAAAGCUAUGAUCUGGGAUGUGAAGUAUUCACUCUCGGUACAUGGUCAUGGAAAUCUGUUGGUAGCAUAGAUUGUUAUCUGACUGGCCAGGGAAUUAAUGCUAAUGAUUAUCUAUACUGGACAAAGGGUGUUAACACUGUCAUACCUGACCAAAUAGUUGCUUUUGAUCUAGAAAGUGAGAAGUUCAACUCAAUUGCCGUUCCUGAUUUUUUGAGCUACCAGAUUAUUGUUCAGGGGGUUAUGUUUCUUGUGCAGCUGGAAGGGAAACUCUGUGUGGUGAAUGCUCCAUAUGAUUCUCCAGGUUCUAUGGAUGCGUGGAUGCUAGAGGAUCCAAUUAACAAUGUUUGGAUUCACAAAUUUUCUAUUUCUUUGCAUUCUAUACCUGGAUAUCGACGGCGGCCUGAGCCUGUUUUCAUUCACAAUGGAAGAGUUCUGUUGAGAUGGCUUGAGAAACUAUUUUACAGGAGUCUGGAUAAUGAGCAGGAAGAUACUGAGUGCGUCUACACUGAUAACUGCCUGAAUAGUUCUGCAAAAGCCUAUGCUUUUGUGGAGAGCUUGGUUUCUUUAGACAGUGAAAACCAUCAUAGCUUCAUUUCUUAACAAUUUAAGUAUGUCAUUUGAUUCUCCUUAGUUUUAUGCUGAAUAUUUGAUCAUUUGUGUACUUGUCAUCUGAAAUCAAUAUAAUUACCACCUCUCAUUGUUAAUAAAUAAGAUGAAUCAGUUCUGACUAAAGUACAUCUGAUC